GUUAGCAAUAUGGCGUCGAGUCAAGUAUGAUAUUUUGACUAGCGUAAAGUGAGGGUAUAUACUGACGGAAUAGAUAUCUCAUUGAUCCAUGUAAGAAGAGGAAUCGGCAGGUACAACGCUUGAGGAAACCCAGCAGACUAGAAGACAAUAUGGUCCUCACUAAACCAGACACGGGCUGGGCAUGGGUUGUCAUGAUGGCGUCAUUUUCCAUUUUCAUCAUCAACGGUUUUCUUUGUUACGGGUAUGGUAUGGUUCAGAUUGCUCUGUUAGAAAGAUUUGACGAUAGCAUUGCCAAGACGUCUUUGGUAGGAUCACUGUUUUCAACAUUUUUGUCUUGUGGAGGCGUGUUAGAUGGGCUGCUGAUCCGACGCUACAGUUGUCGUCUAGUUGCCGUCGCCGGAGGACUAGUGAUGACUAUCGGGAUUUUCGUCAGUGCGUUCAUGACAUCAUUGGAUUGGAUAAUAGUUACCUUUGGUGUCGUUGGAGGUGUUGGAAGUGGCAUACAAUACACUGCCCUCUAUGUAACACUUGGUUACAAUUUUAAAAGAAAUGUCAAUAUAGCUUCAGGCUUCGCUGUUUCAGGAGUUGGUGUCGGAACUUUUAUUCUUACUCCAGUAUUCGCUUACCUAAUGACAAUCUACACGUUAGAGGGAUUGUUCAUCUGUUUAGCGGGAUUGUCGUUACAAAGUGUUGCUUUCGGUGUAAUGUUCUUUCCCUCUUCUUUAGAAAUGCAACAUAGACAAAAUUCGUCAAAUUUUCAUCAAGCAAGACAAAGCGAGAAUUCAAGUGAAGAUUCGUUCUCUGUGGUUUUAUUGAGAUUGUUUAAAACAUUACACUUUGUUGUCCUGUUGAUUGGUAUCGGUAUUGGUAACUUUGGCACGUAUAUCGUUUAUAUACAUUUUGCUAACUACACCAAACAUAAAGGAGCAACUGAAAUACAGACUGCAUUCUUGUUAUCGGUAAUAGGGCUGGGUUCGUGUGUGUCUAGGAUUUUGACUGGGUUAGCUUGCAAUUCAAAAGUCAUUGACGAACCCACACUAUUGUUUGGUACCUAUACAAUAUGUGGAAUAUUUACUACCCUGUUACCUAUUUACAGUCAUACAUUUACCGGACAGCUCGUUUUUGCAAUUGCUUUUGGACUAUACGCUGGAUGUCUGUAUGGAAUUAUGAAUGGAAUUACUUUACGAUAUCUGCCCUUAAAUUACCUCGGUACCGCGGUGGGAAUCGAACUCGCCGUUAUAGGAUUUGCUAUAAUGACCGGACCUCCUGCUAUAGGUUUGAUAACAGACGUAACUGCCAACUAUGAUAUUGGGGUAGUAAUAGCAGGAUUAUGCAUUUUAGUAGGAGCCAUUCUGACAUUAGUUGCGGAAUCGUGUUAUACUACGAACAAGAACAAUGACUUAAGUGAUUGUAACAAGGACUUUAUCAUUUCUCUGCCUGAAGAUGUAUCGCCGAAAUUGGAGACAAAAGAGGAAGAUGGACAGUGUAUCGGUAAUGAUGGGAUACCCUCAAAUAAGGAGUCGGACAUGAUGCUUGUUGGAUAGCGAAAACCAGGAUGUUAUUGUGCAGUGUGGAAUCUGCGUUGUUUAAAUACCAGAAGUAAAAUUAUAGACUGUUUUCAUUUUAAACAGUAACAGUACGUACAAAAGAAAAGAAAAACAAAUACGCGGAUAAUCAAGUCCUGGUUUCAUUGAUAUUCCAUAUCUUCAUGAAAUUCCUUAAUUCAAAAUAUUCCAUGUCAAAGCAUUAUAUUUUUUAGGAAGGUCAAUUGACUAAGAUUUUUCCCUUAACACCAAUAAUGGUUUCCUACGGAAAUAAUUAAGUUAAUAUCUUCAAUAAAAUUUUUUUUUUUUUUUUUUCAGUUUUGAAAUCUUUUUUAUUCAUCCUUUUACA